AGCAGUGAUGCAUGAAUCCUGCAGAUCUGGAAGCGGCAAAGCACCGGGCGCAGGCCUGGCCUUUCCAACCCACCUUGGAGGGGCCGGAUCUCUCCCUGCAAACCCCUGCCACCGGGCCCUGACCUCUGCUAGCCUCCAUCUGGGGGUCCAGAGGCGGCCCAGGGUGGUCACCGCUCCGAAGGACACCGGAUCGGUGACCUUCCUCGGGGCGUCGACCGGUCCCCAUCCCCUGGGCGCCCGCGUCGGAAGGAUGACGGACCCUCUUCGGGGGAGGGGGCUUCCCCCACUUCUCCUAUCCGGAUCGACCCCGAUGUGAAUCCUGGCUUCUGGCUCAGUGGACAACGGUCAGCCCCCACACCGGACCGAGACCCCCGGAGCAGCGGAGAUAACCACCCCCUCCUUCCACAUCGCUCCUCCAAGGCCCCCCAACUUUUCCGUCCAUUUCCAAGCUCUGAGAGACGGGGCCGGCGACUCGAUGAGCGGGCCGGCGGAGGAGCCGGACGCCUCUCCGGGAGGCCCGGACGGGGACGAGGGCCUCGGGGACGAGACCAGCCUGGUCAUCCAUCACCAGGCGGAGGAGAAGGCGUUCCUCUGCAUCCUCUGCGGCAAAAGCUUCAGCCAGCAGCCCAGCCUGACGCGGCACCAGAAGAACCACACGGGCGAGCGCGGCUUCAUCUGCCCCGAGUGCGGCAAGAGCUUCAGCCUGAAGCACAACCUCAUCAUCCACCAGCGCAUCCACACGGGCGAGCGGCCCUACCAGUGCGCCCAGUGUAACAAGCGCUUCAGCCUGAAGCAGAACCUGCUGACGCACCAGCGCAUCCACACGGGCGAGAAGCCGCACCAGUGCCCCGACUGCGGCAAGCGCUUCCGGGAGCCCCGCUUCCUCCUCAACCACCGGCGGACCCACGCGGCCGAGCGGCCCCACGGCUGCCCCGACUGCGGCAAGGCCUUCAAGGAGAAGCAGGCCCUGGCCGCCCACCGGCGGACCCACACGGGCGAGCGGCCCUUCCGGUGCGGCGAGUGCGGGAAGGGCUACAGCCAGCACGCCUUCCUGGCCCGGCACGAGCGGGCCCACCGCGGCGAGAGCCCCUUCGCCUGCGCCGAGUGCGGGAAGAGCUUCAGCUGCCAGAGCGGGCUGGCCACCCACCGACGCACCCACACGGGCGAGCGCCCCUUCUCGUGCCCGCAGUGCGGCAAGAGCUUCAGCCAGAAGGGCUCCCUGAAGAUCCACCAGCGGACCCACGGCGGGCAGGGCCCCUUCAGCUGCGCCGAGUGCGGGAAGAGCUUCGCGCAGAAGGGCCAGGAACCCCGCCGACAGGACCACCAAGAAGGAUAUCAUGACCCAGCUGGCCACUCCACCCUGGGGAGGGCACCUCGAGGCCCUCCAGAGGGGCACAGGGAGCUGACGGGCACAGCUUUGGAAGAACCGCCCCGGGACGGUGGGCCGGCGUGGGCCUCAGUGACAAAGACCCGUUCAUCCCAAAGAUCGCUCUCAGGAUGCACCAGAGUCCUCAUGGAAAAGAAAGCCCCGACCUGACUAGGAACGACACUGCAGUCGCAGAGGAAGGUCAUUCCACACGCUCGGCGGAGACCUCCUGGAGCCUGGCAAGGCACCAUUUCAGAAGACGCCUCAGAGAACUCUGAAAUCCCAUUCUAGCCAAAUCACAUCCUCCCAGUAACAAAAAACUCCCCUUGAGGGGAGAACCGGCUUCCACACCCUACCCCAAAGGUCCCCUCGCAAGGAGGUAGCUUGUGUUUCAUACCUCCGAUACGGCAGCCGUGCCGGUGUCACUUGAACGAUCGCCAUUUCUCCGACCGCCCUUUGCGGUGGCCUGUGGCUCCACGGUACCGGAUCAUUCCUGUCGGUCGUGAUGAUGUUUCUCCUCCGUGGCUGAUGUCCUUACAUAUGUUUGGUCAGAAGGCAUGAGGCUUGGGGAGGUACUUUAUCCAGUGCUGGAGAAGAAAAACACUUCCAGCCACAUGAACCAAGAGGCGAAGGCCUCAAGCCAGGACAGGACACCCCUAGAGAGGACACUGUCUAGCUAAAACCCCGAGGUCACAAAGAGCCAACAAAAUCAUUUUCCUCGUUAGUCUGCCUUAGAACCCCUUUACUGAGCUGAUUUAAAAAUCCAGAUUUUCUUUCCCUUGCCGCUGCUGGUUGCUCGCUCGGUUUGCAUUUCACUCGACUUGGGAAGGGAAGUGAAGCAGUGUGUUUCACUUUACCUUUACCAAAGGUUCAAUGCACUUUCCGAUUCUCAAGCGGUACCCAAACAGCCCUUCGUUCGGGGUGAUCCAAUGUUUUCUUGCCCUUGGUAAAUCGCAUUUUCCCUCAAUUUAUCACAAAAGAACAUGGUUUCUUCAGCUCCUCACAGACAGUUGGAUUUCAGCUUUUGCUGUGGGGCUAGGGGGUUAAACUAUCAAACACCCCCCUUCCCCUCAACCGCCCCGCACGCACUUCCAAACAGGUUAGAUUAAUGCCCAGAGAUUUGCACAUGCUCUUGUCUUAAAACCCCAGAAUAAUAAAACAGAACCCCAAAAGUGUAUAACCUGCCUCUUUGUCAUUUGGGGUGUAGAUCUCAUUGCUGUCUGAGAGGCCCAGUCCCAUGAAGACAAUUUCCCACUUAUGGUAUCUCUAAAUAGGAAAAAAACCCAAACAACAAACCAUCCAGGGAAUUUUGGGCCUGACUCCAUGUGAAAGUAACAUUAGACUCAUGAGGCAGGUAGGAUUUUGGCCUAGGAUGGAAGAACUACAGCAUCCUCUGUGUGGGAAAAGGCCAGAUGAUAUCUGAGGGCUCUUGGUCUUCGUCUUCUCAAAGUCUAAGUUGGGCUCAUCCCUGGACCCACAUGAGAGUAUUGAUUUGGAGGUUUGGCCCCUAUCCUGUUCAUCUCUGGAGAAAGCAAAUUGGGUACCGUGACCUCUCCGAGAUGUAUCUGUCCCCAGCCGGUGAGAGGGGGAGCCUAUCUGGCCAAAUGGGAUCUUCUGGGGGUGCCUGGGACUGGGAGGUUUUGAAGUAAAGCGGUGUUGAGAGGGCGUGCCUGUUGUAGCUGAAGAUAGUUGUCAUGAAUAAAAACUACAUCAACACGGA